CUGCGCUCCUACCCUCAUAUGAUGACCCGAAGAUCAUCGUUUCCGCCUUUUAUACACUCAUAUCAAGACAAGAGCCACAUUCCUGAACCGCUUGCCAACUGCAUGAGCAUUGCUAUGCUAUAUGUCACGCGGAAUAGAGACACAAGAUCUUUCUUAUGGAAGACAAUUCGAGAAGAGCAAGACCGGAAUAUAAAACAUAAGCAGAUGCAAAAUUACACCAAACAUGAGGUGUUCGCAGCUUUACAGGCAGAGCUCAUCUAUAUCAUUAUGCGCGCCGUGGACGGCGAGGUUAUCUCGACUGAGCAUCGGGAAUACAAUAUGGAAAUGCUAUUGGCAUACUCGGCAUUUUGGAAGCAAUUCAUGACAGUGACAGGUACCCCCUGCAUUGUCGACUCAGGUGCUUCUGCCUCGUGGGAAGACUGGAUCUUGAAUGAGUCCUGCACAAGAGCUGCUUGCGUUUGGUUUCUCAUCGCACAGGUAGCUUGCGUAAAUGUAGGCACAGGCUGUGACAUACUUGAAAACUGGAAAGACUUACCUCUUCCAUGCCACAAAGUACAGUGGGCUGCUUCUACGCAAGAGUCGUGGAAAGAAGAGAUGAUCGCUCUCUCGUAUACACGUAAUUCACCACACCAAAUAUCUUCUUUUGGAGAGCUUUUGGAAUGCAAUCGAGCUGCCAAUUCUGAGCGCAACCCAGAAAAGCUGGACAUCUGGAACUCUGGAGCAGACAACAUCGGAAACUUCUUGAAUUUAGCUAUGACUGUAAUGUAG